GCUCUGGUGAGUCGCAUGGAGCUGCUGUCCCGACUGCGCUAUGUGCUGACCUCUGUCAGGCCCCAGGCGGUCACCGUGACCAACGUGCUCAACAUCCUGUCCCGCGCCGCUCAGCACUCGCUCAGCACAGCCUACCAGACCCCCAGUCGCGGGUGUCGUGUGUGUACGGCCUGCCAGUCGCGGCGGCGCUCAGACUGGUGUGCUCUCUGUGCCAGGCCGGGCGGAACAUUGCAGCCUCGCUGGUCUGUAAAUACCAGCUGCACAUGAGACUACUGCGCUAUCUGGCAGUACCGUACAGAGACCUCCAUCUCCCGCCACAAGAGGCCGUCAGUGUACAGGUACAGGCUCUGGCCUUGUGGAGGGUGACGGCUGCCUAUGGCCUGGCCACGGACACUUUCUUUGACCUAUAUCCCACCCUCCU